UGUGGUCCCCUCCUCUGUUCUGAUUGUAACCAGAAUUAUUUGAGAGUGUCCUCACACAGCAAGCAAAUAUCCCAACACCAACAUGAAGCCUUUAUUUAUUCCAACCAACUGAUCCCACACCUCACUACCUUUUUUUCUCUCUUUUGUUAAUUACUUUCCCAUUUUGCAGUGAAGGGCAAUACCAGAAUUAUGGAUGCCUUCUCUUCCUCUUUCCUAUCCACAUUUCCCACUCAAAAUCUCUCUCUCUCUCCUGCCAUAGCAACCCCCAAGUUCAGCAUUUCCUCUGUUAGAAUUGAAGAAAGACCAUCAAGCCCACCACCAGCUUCAAAACCCACCUCCACAAAAGCACCACAGCCUCCAAAAACUCCAUCCCCGCCACUAACAACAAAAGCUCGCGAUUACAACAAUGCUUCAACAUUCUCUGCGGCAAAAAAAGGAACAGAUCCUACGCUACCUGCGGUGAUCUUCAACGCUUUGGAUGACAUCAUAAACAACUUCAUAGACCCUCCACUGCGCCCUUCUGUGGACCCAAAGCACGUCCUCUCCAACAACUUUGCUCCGGUUGAUGAGCUUCCUCCGACCGAGUGUGAGAUCAUACAGGGCUCCCUACCGCCGUGCCUCGACGGUGCCUACAUCCGCAAUGGCCCGAACCCGCAGUACCUUCCGCGUGGGCCCUACCACCUGUUUGACGGAGACGGCAUGCUUCACUCUGUUAGGAUCUCCAAAGGCCGUGCCGUGCUGUGCAGCCGCUAUGUCAAGACCUACAAAUACACCAUUGAGCGUGAUGCUGGCUACCCUAUUCUUCCCAGCGUCUUCUCUGGCUUCAACGGCCUCACUGCCUCCGCCACACGUGGCGCUCUCUCCGCUGCCCGCGUCUUUACAGGCCAAUACAAUCCUGCUAAUGGCAUUGGUCUUGCAAACACAAGUUUGGCUUUCUUUGGCAACCAACUUUAUGCGCUUGGCGAGUCUGAUCUCCCUUAUUCUUUGCGUUUGACAUCCAAUGGAGAUAUCCAAACUCUGGGACGCCAUGAUUUUGAUGGCAAGCUCUUCAUGAGCAUGACGGCUCAUCCAAAGAUAGACCCUGAAACAGGGGAGGCCUUUGCCUUCCGCUACGGCCCCUUGCCUCCAUUUCUAACAUACUUUCGGUUUGAUGCAAACGGCACAAAGCAGCCAGACGUGCCCAUAUUUUCUAUGGUCACUCCAUCGUUCCUCCACGACUUUGCAAUCACAAAAAAAUAUGCCAUCUUUGUUGACAUACAAAUUGGCAUGAACCCAAUUGACAUGAUCACCAAAGGAGCAUCGCCUGUUGGCUUGGACCCUUCCAAGGUGCCUAGAAUCGGAGUGAUCCCGCGAUACGCGAAAGAUGAAACGGAGAUGAGGUGGUUUGAUGUGCCUGGUUUUAACAUCAUACAUGCCAUCAAUGCUUGGGAUGAAGAGGAUGCUAUAGUGAUGGUGGCACCAAACAUUUUGUCAGCAGAGCACACAAUGGAGAGAAUGGAUUUGAUCCAUGCUUCGGUUGAGAAAGUUAGGAUUGAUCUCAAGACAGGGAUUGUGUCAAGGCAACCCAUCUCCACAAGAAAUCUAGACUUUGCUGUGUUCAAUCCGGCUUAUGUGGGGAAGAAGAACAAGUAUGUUUAUGCAGCUGUGGGUGAUCCAAUGCCUAAGAUAUCAGGGGUGGUGAAAUUAGAUGUGUCCAAUGUGGAGCACAAGGAGUGUAUAGUGGCUAGCAGGAUGUUUGGGCCAGGGUGCUAUGGGGGUGAGCCGUUUUUCGUGGCUAGAGAGCCCGAGAAUCCGGAGGCAGAUGAGGACGAUGGGUACGUGGUGACGUAUGUUCAUGAUGAGAAGGCAGGAGAAUCAAGCUUCUUGGUGAUGGAUGCCAAGUCUCCUCGGCUUGAUAUUGUGGCAGAUGUGAGGCUGCCCCGGCGGGUGCCUUAUGGCUUCCAUGGACUCUUUGUGAAGGAAAGUGAUCUCAACAAGUUGUAGUGUCAUGUGUCCCCAUUCAGCAACAUAGUAAACGUUACACAAACUAUAAAAAUAAAAAUAAAACACCCACCACAUAUAUAUACUGUCAUAACCACAAACCAUUACAAUUACAAGUUUGAAAUAUAUAUUGUACAUAUUUUCAAUAAAGCUAUCUGCAUUUUAUUUACUGAUUA